AAGUUUAUCUAUCAAUUUGAUUUCCUCAUUUUUUUCACCUUUCUAGACUAUAUUUAUCCAUCGGAUGUUACGCGUAAGUCCAUAAACCAAAUUCUCUUUGUAUGCUUUUAUGCCAACACUGUUCAUUUGAUCCUGUUUAAUAUGUCGUUUUCUUACAAUUUCAUUAUGAAAUCAAACAAAUCCCGUUGUGCACGGUUUACAUGUUGUCAUCUACAAGUAUUAACUGUCAACAAUGUUUUUGUCAAACGUUUUCAUAAUUCAAAAGCCAACAAAAUAAAUGCCUUUGCGAAAAUCACAAAAGAAUGUAAGUCAUUUGUCGUAAAUUUAUGA